AUGUCCGCACAAGACUCCGCCGCGGGCAAUGCCCCUCCCUCUGCAGUCACCGAUGCCGUGUUGGUGGCCUCGGAGCCCGUGCCUGAGGGGACGCAGCAGGUCAGCGGCGUCGACUUUGACCGAUUCCAAGGCCGGGAUAUCACGGUCGCCGAGAUGGUGGACAACAUGAAAUACACCGGAUUCCAGGGCAGUGCGGUCGCUGAAGCCGCCCGCAUCGUCAACGAGAUGCAAGCCUACCGUCAUCCAGAGACCGGCGAGAAGACCACCAUCUUUCUCGGAUACACUUCCAACCUGAUCUCCUCCGGCCUUCGAGACACCAUCCGCUACCUGGUCCGCAACCGUCACGUCUCCGCCAUUGUCACCACGGCCGGCGGUGUUGAGGAAGAUCUUAUCAAAUGCCUGGCUCCCACCUACAUGGGCUCGUUUACUGCCCCCGGCGCCGGACUGCGGGCCAAAGGACUGAACCGGAUCGGCAACCUCAUCGUCCCGAACAGCAACUACUGUGCAUUUGAAGACUGGUUGAUCCCCAUCCUGGAUAAGAUGCUGGAGGAACAGGAGGCUGCCAAGAAGAAGGCACUGGAGACUGGCGAUGAGGAGGAUGAAUUGCAUUGGACCCCCAGCACAAUCAUUGAACGCCUCGGCCGCGAGAUCAACCACGAGGACUCGGUUCUGUACUGGGCUGCUCGUAACAACAUUCCGAUCUUCUGUCCCGCCCUCACCGACGGCUCCCUGGGCGAUAUGCUCUACUUCCACACCUACCGCUCCUCUCCGCAACGGCUGCGGGUCGACAUUGUGGACGAUGUGCGCCGCAUCAACACCAUGGCUGUCCGGGCCGCGCGGGCCGGCAUGAUCAUUCUGGGUGGCGGAGUCAUCAAACAUCACAUUGCCAACGCCUGUCUGAUGCGCAACGGGGCCGAGCAUGCCGUGUACAUCAAUACGGGACAGGAGUUUGACGGCAGCGAUGCGGGGGCCCGACCGGAUGAGGCCGUCAGCUGGGGUAAGAUCAAAGCCGACGCCAAGGCCGUCAAGGUCUAUGCAGAAGCCACAGUGGUCUUCCCGCUCAUAGUUGCGGCCUCGUUUGCCCGAGCCAGUCCGGCGACCCCCAACGGUGAAACGUCUCAGAACUGA